AUGUCAUCCGAAGUGAAAUUCUCGUUGCCCAUCCCCAAACAGCCACUGGAAAUCCUCUUACCCUUCCCUAAACAGAAUCCUAGCGAACAUACCAUCCAAUUACUUCGAAAACUUGUGCAGAAAAUCCUUGACCAUAAAGAAAUUUACUCAGUUACGUACUCACCUGUCUUGUGUCCUGUGUAUAAAGAGGAUGGAGGAGGGAAUAAUCAGUUGUUCACUAUUAAACCGCAUUGGUGGCGAAAUCCUAAUGGUGAAUGGGAAUUGAGAGAUGGACAGAGGAACCCAGAAAAUGCAAGAUCUCAAGGUCAAGCUCAACUUGAGUCCGUCUCCAAGACCAUCCAUACUCUGGCCUUGGGUAUACGACAUGUUCCCGAUCCUGAUCUGAAACAAAAAUCUAUUGAGAGGAUUGAAAAGCUCUUGAGAGUCUUCUUCGUCGAUAUUGAUACGAGGAUGGAACCUCAAGUGAGAUUUUCGCAAUGUCAUCCUGGUCAAGAGCCUAUGAAAGGUAAUGAAUGUUUCGUUAUCGCUAUCCGAUACCUCAUCUUGGUUGAUCAAGCUCUCCUUGUCAGCGGAUCAUUGAUCAAUCAAGGACUCUUACAUCAAACCAAGGAGUGGUUUAAUGAGCAAAUGGUAUGGAUGGAAAAUUCGGAUCAGGGGAUGAAAGCGAAAAACGCUGAAAAGCCUUUGGGGUACAAUGUCAUCCUCGCAUCUCAUCGGCAAUUCAUUCAAGGCGAUACAUCUUCUAUCACCCUUGCGACAUCGUCAUUUAAUGAGUGGUUUACAAAGCACCCCAUACCACAAGACGUAUUCGCAGAAUUCCUCAGACAUGAUAACAAACGACACAAAUGUCUGUUCACCCUUGAGCCUUUGUUUAUGCUUGCCAGCUUGACCGUACCCCUUCACCAUGAGCAAGGAAUUUCCGACGGUAUGAAGAAGUAUCUUAGGGAAUGUGUAGAAUACAUGGCAAGAGUAGCUUGGUUUGAGAGGAUCUUAUAUGGCCGGAAUGGUCAAGGCGAGAGGGAUGCAGAAGGGAAAGAAGAACCGAGCGGUGAAGGAUGGGAGAAUGAAUGGAGUGCGAGGAUGAGGGUUAUGUGGGGGUUCAUCUGA